AUGCCUGCUGAAGAAAUCUACAGUAAAAACUCAGAUGAUACAAAUGAUGAUGAUUCAGCAGCACAAGAUUCUGAAUUGCAAUUUGCUGAAGAAUCUACACUUGCACCUCGUCCCACCAUUUUUACGCCGACUCCAAGGACCGCUUCUUCAAGGGCAUCUGUUUCAAGAGCGUCUACGCCCAAUUCUACUGUAAGCUUUACUCCAAGACGUACAAAUAAAUAUGAUAAAAACUAA